UUGGUUAUCUCGCUAUCUUCCAGAUGACAAGGUGUGGAUUCACGGUUCCACGAUGACGCCGACCCCCCUCAUCGACGCGAUGGCGGAGCAUGGCCGACAGACCGGGCUCAAGAAUGUCGAGGUUAUUCACAUCCUCACGGAGGGGCCGAUGGAAAUCAUCAAGCCCGAGUUUGAAGGUAUAUUUCGCACAAACGCUCUGUUCCUCGACAAGAACACGCGGGCCGCCGUGAACGAAGGCCGCGCCGACUUCGUUCCGAUAUUCCUGUCCGAGAUUCCGCUGCUGUUCCGACGCGGCAUCGUCAACCUCGACGUCGCGCUCGUGCAGGUGUCGCCCCCUGACGAGCAUGGCUUCUGCACGCUCGGCGCCGCCGUGGAGUGCACGAGGGCGGCCAUUAUCAAUGCCAAGUACAUCAUCGGGCUGAUAAACCCGAAGGUACCUCGCACGUUCGGUGACAGCAUCAUACACAUGUCUCACAUCGACACGAUGGUGGAAGGUGACAUGGACCUCCCUUCAAGAGAGUUCAGCGAAUCCUCGGACAUCGAGAAAAGGAUCGGCAUGCACAUUGCCGGAAAUCUCGUGUCAGAUGGCGCCACCUUGCAGAUGGGCAUUGGCACGAUCCCGCAGGCCGUCUGCGAGCAGCUGCAGCAUCAUCGCGACCUCGGCAUCCACACGGAGAUGUUCGGCGACAAGGUCGUCGACCUGGUCGAGCUCGGCUGCAUCACGAACGCGCGCAAGACAAUUUCGACGGGCAAGAUCGUUGUCAGCUUCGUCAUCGGGAGCAAGAAGGUCUACGACUUCUUGGACAACAACCCCUUCGUCGUGAUGCAUGAUGUGGGCUUUUGCAAUAGUGUUACAAACAUCUGCCAGAAUCCCAAGGUGACGGCCAUCAAUUCCGCAAUAGAAGUCGAUCUGACAGGCCAGGUUGUUGCUGACUCUAUCGGAAUGAAGAUGUAUUCAGGAGUUGGCGGUCAGAUUGACUUCAUACGUGGUGCCGCCCUGGGACUGGAUGGCCUUGGCAAGCCGAUCAUUGCCAUGCCAGCACGCACCAAGGAUGGUACACCCAAGAUCGUGCCAACUAUUAGACUCGGUGCGGGCGUGGUGACGACACGCGCUCACGCUCACUACAUCGUCACCGAAUACGGCAUCGCAUACCUGUUCGGAAAGAACCUUCGGCAGCGAGCCUAUGAGCUGAUCAACGUCGCCCACCAGACCGACCGGGCACGACCUUGAGAAAGCUGCCUUCGAACGACUCAAGUGCACAUGCUUCUCCCGUAGA